UGUUCUUUAAACGCCUUUUGGUCCGACAAUAUGGUGUGUGCCACUAAACUCCCCUGACGGAAUUUAAUGGAAUUAUCGGAUUACAGUGCUGCAGCUCUGAAGCUGGACAUUUUUACUACUAUACCGACAACGGAGGUGUUUUCAUGCUCUGAUGGACAGUCGGGUCGUUGGGUGAUUUGACGUCUUUUUAAAACUCUAGAUUAAUCUGUUACAUAUUAACGAUAGUGGUUCUCGAGGAGUGGAGUGCAUUACGCACAGCCAAAACGCGCAAGUGGAGAUGACAACUGUAAAGUCGGAGCGGAUGAUUUCUUCGGGUUUUUGACAUUACCCAGAGGCUCAGCAGAAUCCGGCAACUAUCUUGUUCAAAACCUGUUUUGGCUAUGUCUGUCUCCUCUCUGCCGGAAUGGAAACAACUCCUGCUGGAGAAAAAGAGGAGAGAGGAGGAGGAGCGAGAGAGGAGAGGGAAAGAGGAGGAGGAGAAGUUUGCCAGCAUGCCCGCCUGGAAGCGAGGGAUCAUCCAGCGGAGGAAGGCGAAGCAGGACAAUUUGGGUGACAGAGAAAAGGAUAGAGAUAUGUGUCUGCUGCAGGUCGAUGUCAGAUCGGAUAGUCUAAGUGACAUAGAUAGCUUUGUGACAGUCAGUUUAGAAAGUGAAUCAUCACUUAGUCCAGAUCCAGGGCAAUGGCUGGAUGCAGACCUCAAACCAGAGAGUCAGGUGUCCAUAGAAACUAUAGUUCCAGUUCAUGAAAACCCAUUUAUUCGCACACAGAGUGCUUGGAGAAAGGGCAGGGAUAUAGAAGGGGGGAACGAGCCGGAAGUUAAGGAGAGGGAGAAAGACAAAUUGAGCCCCAAGGGUCAAGAUGGGGACUCAGGAAGAGAAAGAGAUAUAGAGCUGAAAAUAGAGAGAUUCAGAGAUUUAAGUGAGGGACGGGAAAAAGAGAGGAGCAGGGACAGGAGUCAAGGAAGAGAAAGAGAGAAUAGCAACCAAUGGAAAGAGUCAAUUCAAUAUGCAGGCAGGGAGCGGGAAUUCCUUAAAGUUAGAAGAGACGAUGAGGAAAAAGAAACAGAUCCGCCAUCUAAUUCCUUUUCUCACCACAUCCCAUGUCUUCGUACUAUCCGAGCCGACAAUAUCAUCAUCAUUGAACAGGACAGGAAGGGCAGCGACGAGAGACGGGGUAGAUGGAGGGAGACGGAGAGGGAGAGGCCCGAGGAGGACCAGGGGAAGAGAGGGAUGAAGAUGGACUUGAGGGAGAUCCUGGCCGGAGGAGGGAGCAUCACUGAGAUCCGAGCCUCUGAGGUUCUGAUCAUAAAGCCCUCUGCAAGCCCUGAAGAAAGAAGUCCAGAAGGAGGAGGAAGGAGUGGUUCUGGUAGGGAUGAUGGAGAGAUAAAGUGCAGCAUGGAUGAAAAGAGGGAGAGUUUUAGCAGAGAGCUCAGAACAGAUAUGUCCUGGCUGAGAGAAAAAGAUAAAGAGAGACCAUGGGGCCAGGCGACAGUUAUUAAAGACGACAGAAAGGACAGCUUGGAUGAUAAUUUGUUCGUUGAUAGAGGCGGGAGGGUUAGCCAGCUAGUCAGCAAGUUCGGACAGUACCCCAAGCCUCCAUCUCGAUCCAAAAGCUCCGAUAAUUUCAUCCGGCCCGGGAGGAGAAAAUAUUCAGGAGAUGAAGAUGACCUGCGAUCUGAGGCAGACGAGAGGAAUAUGCUCACGAAAGGUGUGCCGAGACGCUCAUUGAGCUUCUCUGAUCGUGUCAUUUGUGCUAAAGAGAAUGGUUUAGAUGACAAUGGGUAUUUUGAGAGGAAAAGGCGUGAGAGGAUACAUUCAGAGAAGACCACAGCGCUGUGGGUUGAUGUUGCAGGCUUAGGGAAGGAAACCACAACAAAGUGCAAACUGGGGUGCACACCGCUUUUAGAUAAAGACCAGUUUAGAAAUCAUAGAGAUAAACAUUUAAAACAUGAGGAUGAGAAGGGGAUGCCCAUGCAAAGCAGAAAUGAAGCAGAAGUGUGUUUCUCCAUCCAACACAGGAGCGAAGUUAAGAAAGUGGAGCCUGUUGACACAAGGGCUGCAAAAAGGGCAUGUGAUGCAGAUGGAGACGAGGGGUUCACGGUGGCAUCGGUCAAAAACACAGAGGGAAUCUCGUUUGCUAGAAGAGUUGCAAUCAGGCAGGACGGGAAAGCAAGAGCUCAAAGAGAGGUGAAACGGCAAACAGGUGAUACAAGUUUAGAAAAGGAGAUGAGUGUAGAAAAAGAUUCAGGGGAAGGAAGACAGAUUGAGGGAUUCGAAAGAACAAUUCCACCUGAAACUUUAUCGAAGAGUCACGUUGAAUCCACUUUCACAGAGUGCUCCAGUCUGCUCUGUACUGUCACAGAUAGGGCUAGAGACCCACAUAGAGGGCCAGAGUGGAUUGGUACAGGACCACAAGGACCUUACCUGACAAACUCUGUUUUGUCCCAACACACAGAAGAGCUUAUAAGUAAAAUAGAGCAAAUAGGAGACACAACUGUUUAUAGCAACGAGAAAGGAGAAAGGGCUCACAAGGCUUCGUGUGAAAUGACCAAAGGAUCAGAUCAGGAUCUUGGAUUUGAGAACCUUAUUCAUGAUGUAACUCCCAGAUCUCCGAAAAAGAUUCCACCCAUGGUGAUCUCUCCAGGUCCCCUCGAGAUUCAAAUCCCCAGAAGUGUGUUCUAUGUUGCUGAAGAAAUGCUGGAGAAAAAAAAGGCUGUGAGUCAAAGCAACAAGGGGCAAGACUGGGACGUGGGUAAAGGGGUUGAGAGGAGGGCUAGCUGGAGGAUCGGAAAACCCCUGAGCCGCAUUGAGUCCCUGCGAGAGAAAAUCAGACAAAGAGAGCUGGAGAGGCUGAGACAAAGGGAGGCACAAGAUGGAGGCGGGAAGGAAGGUGCAGAGGUAAACGACACUCAGACAGCUGGGGACAGGCAGAACGAGAGGGGAACUGAAAUAGAGAAAGAGUGGGAAGCUGCAGCUCAUAUGCGGAAGAAGCUGGUCGAAGCAGAGAGGGGACAGGAAAAUGCAGUAGUACAGACAGCCACCAUUGCUUUUGACGUCACACAGGAAGUUGCCAUGUUGAAAACCUGCCUUCAACUUCCUGCUUCUGUCCCACAGUCACAAGCUGUCAGAGCAGAGGAAGUAACGAGCGGCUACAUCACGGAUGCCUCUGUAGUUGUCUCUGACAGCUUUCAGAUAUCUGAGGAUGAAAACAAGCCCCUGAAACAUGUGGAAGAAGAGCUGAGGCGCCACAGGGGUCAAUACGGGAGUAGAAAAGAAGGGGAGGAGGAGGAGGAGGAAGAGGAGAAGAAGGAAAAGGAGUUCUCAGAAGAGGAAGAAGAGGAAUAUACAUCGCCUGUGCAAUCUCUCUCCCCUUUGCCGCCUCAUCUCAGCUCCCUCGCAACCAUGAGUAGGAUCUACAACUUGGAAACAGUUGGCUCAAGGUCAGGCUUGUGUCUGAGGGAGAGGACUGUAGACAUCCCAUCAGUGCACCUGGUUAAAGGGAAGCCCAUUGUGUCAAGCGCACAGCAGGGGGAGAGUAAAGCAUUCUCGGGUAAGGACAUUUGCGGGGUUCAGACAAUACAACGACAGAUAGAGCAGUUUCAGCUGAAAGAGCAGGAAACACUGAAGUCUUGCAUGUCAUCAAACACCCCUUUUAAGGACAGAGAGACAAAGGGGCAACAAAGCCCCAGAGGAGCAUUAAAGCACCAGGUUGAGGAUGAUGGCAAGACCCCAGAGAAAGAUCAAGAAACGUCAGAAUUGAGCCCAAAAGUGUCUCCUUGCCGUGUUGGUUCUCCAACAUCUCAGCUCAAACAAUCUAACCAAACUACCACCGUCACCCCGUCACUUCUCAGGAGCCCAUCCCCGGACAAUACUCUGAAACCCUCGGAUCACGCGCCGACCCCGGCCUCCUCCCCAAGCUCCCUUUCUCCUGCCCAAUCUCCUAGUGUCUCUCCAUCUCCGACCCCAUCGCCUGCCCUCUUCUCUAUCAGGAGUGCCUCUGGAGGUCAAGUGAAGAGAGGUGCCACCAUGACUAUCACUCCAAAAAAGCCUGCCAGAGGAGGAGUGACGGGGCCUACAACGGGGUCCACUGCAGGAGGGUCGAAAUCAGCCAAAACCUCAUCGCAGCAGGUUCAGACGACUUCUUCUGUGGCCGAGCCAGUGAAGAAGAAGUACCCCACAGUGGAGGAGAUCAAGGUGAUUGGCGGAUAUCAGAAUCUGGAGAGGUCCUGUCUGAUCAAGAACAGAGAGUCUCAGAAAAGGGGAAAGGUGUGUUUCAAUGAGGACCAGCUGGAGCAGGUGUGUGAGUACCCAUCAGAGACCUCCUUGCUGGCAUGUACCCCCUUCCCUCCAGACCUGUGGAGGACUGAGAAGCUGCAGGGAGAGGAGAUGCAGGAGGAUGAGGAAGCUGAAGUGGAGGAAGUUGCGAUCAUGUCCAAAAGUACAAGGAACGUGGGGAUUGCAACAGGAGGGGGUCUAAGAGUGGGUCAGUGUCACCCCCUGCUCAAAAAACACAACGUGUAAUGAGUGAGAUUAUGGAUUCAGAUUGAUUUGCCAUUCAGGAUGUCUCACUGUGAAACUCUCCAUCGGUUUGGACUUUACUCAUCUUUUUUUGUUUGUUUUAACUGUGUUGAACUUCUACAAUAAUCUAUGUACUUUUUUUUGUCAACAAAUCCUAAGAGAAGACUAAAAUCAACAUUGAAUGAUUGCAUUUCUUGUGAAGCCAACACCUGGUUUAGUUUAUUUCUCCAAAUUAAAGGGCUCUAUAUAAAAUAAGCCUCGCUGUUGUGGGUGACACGUUCUUUCAUUACAAAGAACAAUCCCAGAUCUCAUUGGUGAAAAAAUAUAGAUUUGGUUAAAAAAAAGAAGUAUUUUGUUAUGGGAAAAAGUCAGCUCCUAAAAAUAAAUUAGAAUAUAAAUCUACAUUCACCUUAUUUACCUUCCAUCUCCAUCUCUCUGUCUUCCAGAUGAGUCUUGCCCUCGGUAGAAGCAGUCACCUUCGCCAAAAUUGACGAGAUCACCAACAUUUUGUUGAACAACAUUACGUGAUUUUUAUUCUGUUUUGUUGAAUUGAGUGUUGAUUUGAGUUUGUUAUCCAGUAUCAGAAUCAAUGAGUCUGAAAGAAUGUACAGUUUGAUUCAUGCAGUUGAAAAAAGGAACAUACUUUUGUGGUGGAAAUAUUUCACCUGUUUUUAUUUUCAGGGAAAUUGUGACACAAAUGUGAAUGUAUAAGUAAACAUAAACAUAAAAAAAGACCCUCAGGUGUGCACUGUUGGGUGAAAGAUCACUUGUCUAUGCAAUGAAACAAGAUUUUAUUUUGUAGUUAAUAUAUUUGAUAGUUUCUUUUAUGAUAAUUUCUUCCUAUAUUUAAGUCUGCCUCAGCACAGAAGAGUGAUGUUUAUAUCAUCUGGUUACAUGUGCCUGCUGGACUUGCCCAUACAGCUGAUAUGAAGAUCCAUUUAUAAUGUUUUUUCUUGUCUGAAGCCUUUGUGGAAAAACCUUCUCUCAGUGGGUGUUGAGCGCAGGAACAAGGGUGGUGCAAUGUGUGCAGGAUGGCUUUUAGAGGUCUGUGUCUUUUGUGGGGUUUACUUGAGCCUUGAUGUUCACAAUGACAACUUUGGGAACAAUUCAGCUAAUGUGUAUGGAUAUAAAUAAAGGUCUUAUUUUCUUUUUGUUUUUUUUGCCCUGUGGAAGCUGUGUGAGUGAAAGUUCCUUAGAGGAAGCAGAGUUUAGAACUAUUAACAGAUUAACUUCAUAAUACAGCUGCUAUCUGAUUUUUGGCUGUUCUACCAUAUAUACAGAGUGUUUUGUGUUUGUUAAUUAACAUUUUAAUUGGUGAAAGAAGAUGCAAAUUCUGUGCAAACUUUUUUUUCUAUGAUGGUUGAAGAAGCUGGCUUCAAGAAAGUAAAUCUAAUAAAUAUUUGUGAAAACA